GGGAGCCCGGCUUGUGUGGCUGCCUCUAGAUGCUGCUACGAUUCCUAAUUACUGGAAAAGCUUAAAAUCAGUUGCAGGGCUCAGAUCACGGAUGGCAAUAAGUAGAAGCAACGCACAUUCUUUUCUUGGCGAAAGUGGCAGUGAGAAAUGUCCUUGGUGUGUUUGGCAGACUUCCAGGCUCAUGCACGAGAGCUGCUGUCUAGGUCAUCUUGGGAUUUUAUUGAAGGAGAAGCUGAUGAGGGCAUUACAAACAAGGACAACGUUGCAGCAUUUAAAAAAAUCCGCCUCCGUCCCCGGUGCCUGAGAGAUGUGUCAAAGGUGGACACCAGGACCACAAUCCAAGGGAUGGAGAUCAGCGCUCCCAUUUGCAUCUCCCCUACAGCUUUCCACUGCAUCGCUUGGCCUGAUGGAGAAAUGAGCACAGCCAGAGCCGCUCAAAAAGCCGACAUCUGCUAUGUCACCAGCACUUAUGCCAGCUGUACUCUUGAGGACAUUGUUGCUGCUGCCCCCAGAGGCUUCCGGUGGUUUCAGCUCUAUGUGCAAUCAGAUUGGGAGCUAAAUAAACAGUUGGUCCAGAGGGUAGAAGCUCUGGGUUUCAAAGCUUUGGUGAUCACCGCAGAUGCACCUGUAGUUGGCAAAAGGAGGAGAGACAUUAAAAACCAACUGAAUUUGAAGGCAAAUUUAAUGCUAAAGGACCUUCGCUCACCUGAAGAGAGAAAUUCUGCACGGUAUGUCCAGACAUCUUCCAUCAACCCGUCAUUCUCCUGGAAUGACCUCUCCUUGGUUCAGAGCAUAACUAGAUUGCCUAUCAUCCUUAAAGGAAUUUUGACUAAAGAAGAUGCAGAGUUAGCAAUGAAGCAUAACGUCCAAGGCAUCUUUGUUUCCAACCAUGGUGGGAGGCAGCUUGACGAAGUUCCUGCUUCAAUCGAUGCGCUGGCAGAAGUGGUGGCCGCUGUCAGAGGGAAAAUUGAAGUGUACCUGGAUGGCGGGGUUCGAACUGGCAACGAUGUGUUGAAGGCGUUGGCCCUUGGGGCUAAGUGCGUUUUUCUUGGGAGACCAAUCCUUUGGGGCCUUGCCUGCGAGGGUGAACACGGUGUGGAGAAAAUUUUGGACAUUUUAAAAACUGAGUUCCACACGACUAUGACCCUUGCAGGCUGCCGAUCGGUCAGUGAGAUCAGUCAGGACCUGAUUCAGUUCUCUAGAUUGUAAGGAACUGCUGAGAUUACCCACAGGAGUCAGCCAAACUCUCAGCAUGAUAUGCAAUGCCAUCCUGCCUGGAGCCCACCCUAUCCAGUGUUUGAGCCCUGCACCCUCAAAAGGAGAGCCAGCUGGAGAGAAGAAAGCUAAAAGGUCUACAGUACAUUUGAAUGAAGGAAUAAUAUCUAAUGUUUUACAGGAUAACUAUAGUUGAUUAAGUUAAUUGAAUAUAUCAGAAUAGUCAUGGUCCAACAGAAAGGAAUUAUUUAUGUCUGAUGUGAUACACCAGUUACCCUCAUCUGAUUGUUAUGUACAUUGUUCAUAUAUUGAUGUCACACUAUACCAUAAAUAUGUGCAGUUACUAUGUAUCAAUUAAAAUUAAAAUGUAUUUUCAAAAAGAAAUGUGGGACAAUGGUUAUCCUGAUGUAGCCUUGUGUCUGCCGUUUCAGGGAUCUUGGAAUGUUUUUAAACGUUAAUCUACAUGGUCAAGGCCAGACACAUAAAAAGAACAGCAGAGCAAAUGAAUGUCCUAAUUACUCAAGUUUAUGACAUAGGAUGUUAUAGGAAUCUUACAGUCUGUUGCCUAACGUCUUUUUUGCACAGUCCAAACCUCUGAGAAAAGUACCAGAAGGAGAAUUUUGAAACUCAUAUUCAAGGACUCUAGAGAUAAAAUGAAUUAUUCCAGUCUUUGACAAGGGAGUUGUCUUUAUUUUGGUCAUAUUCAUUUUACCAUGUAGACACAGGCCUUCUCAAUAAAGCAUACAGUGUUAGAGUACUACAAAGAUUAAAGUCUGAGACACAUUCUGCUACUCAGAAGAUCCCAAGAACAUGGCCUCAGACAGUGGCAGACUCAUGCAGAAGAGAACUAUACCACCUGCCCACUUCCUAGGGGAUGCAACCAGACAGAGUUUGCUCUUCUCUGGCCUAUCCUCCAGGCUACAUACCCCUUUCACCCUUCAGGAAUCAGUAUCAUAGUAUACAAAGUAGAGUUUCGUGCACUUUCUAAAACUAUCUCUCGGGCUGUGCUUCUGUAUGAUAGAACUAUGGUCAGGCAUCAUUCAUUUCAGUGUCCCUCCAUUUAUGAGUCUAUAACUUUAGUCUCACUAUUCUCCUCAUCUUAGAAACAGGGUGAGAACAUCUCAGUCCUCACUGACCUCCAUGAUGAAUGAUCUUAUGGUUAGUUUUACAGAUAAAGCUUGAAACCAGGGAAAACAUUAGUAGGAUAACAUUUAUCCUCCAACAACCACAAAGCUCAUCAAUUAACCUUUUUCAUACUCUCCUGCUGAUUAAUGGUUGUGUGAUGAAUUGUCCUCCAACUUUCCCUGUAAUAUAUGUACUUACUCUAGUAACUUCAAACAGGCAUGAUGGCCAGGUCAUCUCUUCAACCUUGAACUCAGCAGCUUAGAAUUUGGUUAAGUUAUUCUCAAAAUCAAAUAAAUCGAAUAAAUCAUAACAGUG